AUGGAGAAUGAUAGGAGUGAUGAGGUUCCUGAUGAUGAAUUUGUUGACAUAGUUCUUGGCGAGGAUGAAGAGGAUAGGCAUGAUGAGGAUGAUCUGGAUGGGCUGGAUGAACAAGAGGAUGGACUGGAUGGGGUGAAUUUUGAUGAUGAUAUUGAUGACAACUUAAGUUUAAAUACAGAGGAUGAUGAUGAUCCUGACUUUAGGAUGAUCUAUGAAUCUGAUGAACUUGAGAGCCUGGCCUCCUCUGAUGAUGAAACUGGGUUUAAGAAAGCUGUGAAGAAUUAUGCUGUAGAGGGUGGGUAUAAACUGAAAUUUGUGAAAAAUGACAAGUGUAGAUGUCAAGUGAAGUGCACUGAAAGUGUCCCUGGAAGUUUGCAUCAACUUGGUAUCAGAGGAAACAUCAUGCCUACACGUAACGGCAAGGACUACGCUGCCACGGACUUUGAUUCAACAGAUCCCAUCCAACAAAGUGAACUCAUGACUGUCUUGGCUCAACAGCUUCCAGCCAUGACGCAAGCUCUCCAGCAAAUCCCGGACAUGGCUCAACAAAUAACUAAGCUGACGGAGCAAGUGAAUCAAUUAGCUGGAGCAACGAGUUCCCCAACUCAGAGGAGUGGUAAGAAGGUGGUCCAAGAGAUUGAAGAGGAGGCUGGUGAUGAAUAUGCUGAAGGUGUUCAUGGUCAACACUCUAAACCACGUAAUUCCUAUACUCAGCGUACUGGUGAACGAAGUCGAGCUUUUCAACAUGAGCCCAAACCUGAAUCCUUUCGCCACAAUUAUAGGCAAUAUGGCCAUUUUGAUCAAACAGAUCAAGUAAUGAGACAAAUCAAAGUUGAUGUUCCGGAGUUUGAUGGCAACCAAGAACUCCAUGAGGUGAUGGACUGGUUGGCUAAGGUGGAAAAUUUCUUUGACUGGGUAGGCAUGAAUCAAGAGCAGAAGGUCCGCUUUAUUCGUAUGAAAUUCAAAGGUCAAGCAUGCGUGUGGUGGCAAAGUUUGGAAGAACAGAGAUACCAUUCGGGAUUACCAUCAAUUAUGGACUGGAGAGAAAUGAAGGGAUACAUCAUGGAAGAAUACCUCCCACACAAUUACAAAGAGAUAGUGUUUCGAGAAUUACUGUCUUUGGAGCAGGGAAGCAAAUCAGUCCGGGAAUUUAACAACAAAUUUCAUGAAUUGAUUGUCCGAUCUCGGGUGAUAGAAGAUCCGCAACAAUCCUUGGCCAGGUACAAGAGAGGACUACGAGAGGAGAUCAGUAGGGAGUUAGAGACUGCUAAGUUGGAGAAUGUCAGAGAGGCCUUUCAAUUAGCCCUCAAGAUAGAAAGUCGUCUGAAGAGCCAGUAUAACAAGCGUUACCAACCCAGUAGUCUGGAUUACAAGAGUUCUCGAGCAGUUACAAAUUCCUCACCCACCCAAGGCAAUAUGGCGGCACGGACGGAAACGGGCACCAACACAACUACACCUACUCUUCAACGAGGGAAGGAACCUGGAGGUCCCAAGUGUUAUAAAUGUGGCACUUUGGGUCAUUAUGCGGCAGUAAACACGGAGGUCAUUGAUGAAGUACUGGAACCCUCAGAAUUGCCUAUGUGUGUGAUACGACAAAUUCUCACAGGACAAAUGGUAGAACCAUCAGCAGACGAAUGGCUGCGGACUAGCAUUUUUCGUACCCGUUUCGAGAAGGAUGGCAAAGCUUUGGAAGUCAUCAUUGACGGGGGGAGUAGUAUGAAUGUUAUCUCUAAAGACAUGGUGGAGCGCAAUGGGUUGACGACAGAGAAGCAUCCAAAACCAUAUCGCGUGGGGUGGAUUGACGACACCACCAUUCCCGUGAAACAGAGAUGUCUGUUAUCUUUUUCGUUGGGAACCAACUACAAAGAUUCGGCGUGGUGCGAUGUUAUACCAAUGAAAGCAUGUCAUUUAUUACUGGGUCGUCCUUGGCUAUUUGACAGAGAUGUGGUCCACCACGCACGAGCAAAUACCUAUUCUUUCAAGUAUAGAGGGCACAAUAUCAUUUUGCGUCCAAUGAAGCCAAGUGGGGGAGAGUUUUUUAAAAAUUCCACAUUAGCCACGACACUAUCUCUUCGGCAAUUUCAAUUGUCCAGCAAGGAGUCCCAAAUUAUCUUCCUACUUGUGGCUCAUGAGACCAAUAUGGACUCUAACAACACGGAGGCACCCGAGGUAACAUCUCUACUACAAGAGUUUCAUGCUAUUUUUCCUAAUGAACUACCUUCCACAUUACCUCCAAUACGUGGGAUUGAACAUGCAAUUGAUCUCAUACCGGGUGCAACUCUGCCCAACCUCCCUCAUUACCGAAUGAGCCCCAGGGAGCAUGACGAACUCCAGAGGCAAGUUCAUGAUCUUUUACAAAAAGGAUUUCUAAGAGAAAGUAUGAGCCCAUGCUCAGUACCGGCUCUUUUGACACCCAAAAAAGACGGCACCUGGCGCAUGUGCGUGGACAGCCGCGCCAUCAAUAAAAUAACGGUGAAGUAUCGAUUUCCAAUACCGCGCCUUGAUGAUUUAUUAGAUCAGUUAAAAAGUGUUGUAUUAUUUUCUAAAAUUGAUUUGCGUAGCAGCUACCAUCAAGUUCGGAUUCGUGAUGGGGAUGAAUGGAAAACAACAUUUAAGACUCGAGAUGGGUUGUAUGAGUGGUGUGUUAUGCCAUUCGGUCUUUCAAAUGCCCCAAGUACGUUCAUGAGGUUGAUGAACCAUGUACUUCGGAAACUAGUUGGCAAAUUUGUAGUGGUUUAUUUCGAUAAUAUCCUAGUAUUCAGCCAGAGGACCGAAGACCAUCUUUACCACUUGCGUGAAGUCUUUCAAGUGUUGAAGGAUGCACAGUUGUACGUGAAUAAAGCCAAAUGUGCCUUUUUACAAUCACAAGUUCAAUUUUUGGGCUAUAUUAUAUCUGACAGGGGAUUAAGCAUGGAUCCUAACAAAGUGCAAGCCAUCUCUGAUUGGCCAACUCCUUGCAAUAUAUUUGAAGUGCGCGGAUUUCAUGGACUCGCAUCCUUCUACCGCCGAUUUAUCUGGGGGUUCAGUACCAUCAUGGCACCAAUAACAGACUGUUUGAAAGCCACUACUUUCUUAUGGACGAUCGAGGCAAAUGAAGCAUUCCAAUUGUUGAAAAAAACUCUUACCACAGCACCGGUAUUACGUUUACCGGAUUUUAACAAAAUCUUUGAGUUAUCUUGUGAUGCUUCGCAGGUGGGAAUAGGAGGAGUCAUAAGUCAAGAAGGAAAACCCGUGGCGUAUCACAGCGAGAAGCUCAAUGAAGCACGACGGCGGUAUUCUGCCUAUGAUUUAGAGCUAUAUGCGGUGGUCCAAAUGGUGAAGCAUUGGAGGCCAUAUUUAUUGCAUAAUGAGUUUAUCCUCGUGACGGACCAUGACUCUUUGCGGCAUUUGAAUUCACAGCAAAAGCUUAACUUUCGCCAUGCAAGAUGGGUUGCAGUACUGCAGCAAUUUACUUUCACCAUUCGACAUCGCAAGGGAACGAAGAACAAAGUGGCAGAUGCGCUCAGCCGACGAGCACAUCUUCUUACCAAUCUAGAGGUAAGUGUGGUCGGUUUUGAGUGUAUGCGUGAACAAUAUGCAGGAGAUGAAGAGUUCUCAAAUGUUUGGCAAAGGUUGACUAUUGGUGGAACAAAUCAGGACAGUCCUUACAAUCUCUUUGAUGGUUAUUUGUUCAAAGGAGUGCAACUUUGUCUGCCUCAAGGAUCCCUACGGGACUUAGUUGUUAUUGAGAUUCAUUCUGGUGGAUUAGGUGGCCACUUUGGAAGGGAGAAGACUUUACAAAUGGUGAGUGAAAGGUUCUAUUGGUCCAAGUUGCGACGUGAUGUUCACCGAAUUGUAGAUCAUUGCCAAAUCUGUCAAUUCAGCAAAGGUUCUCGACGGAAUACCGGUCUUUAUACACCCCUGCCGAUCCCAGAGAGCCCAUGGGAAGAAAUCACCCUUGACUUUGUACUGGGUUUACCAAAGACAGUAAGGAAGCAUGAUGUUGUAUUGGUGGUGGUUGAUAGAUUCUCGAGAAUGGCCCAUUUCAUCCCAUGUCACAAGACAAAUGAUGCCUCACAUGUGGCAGCCAUUUUUCUUCGUGAAGUUGUGCGAUUACAUGGAGUUCCACGAUCCCUUACAUCUGACCGAGACUCACGAUUCAUCAGCCAUUUUUGGCGAUCUUUAUGGGCCAAAUUAGGCGCUAAACUCCAAUAUUCGACCGCAUUCCAUCCCCAAACGGACGGCCUGACAGAAGUGACAAAUCGGAGUCUUGGAAACCUUCUACGAUGUUUGGUGAAAGACCAUGCAACAACAUGGGAUCAGUUGUUACCACAGGCCGAAUUUGCAUUCAAUUCCUCGGUUAAUCGGACCACAGGACGAAGCCCUUUUGAAAUAGUGUUAGGCAAGCAACCUAAAGCACCAAUCGACCUGAUUCCACUCCCAUUACCACCCCAUAGUAGUGCCGAAGCUGUGGACACCGUGGAGCGGCUGCAACGACUUCACCAAGAGGUUCGCAAACGGAUUGCCGUACAAAAUGACCUCUACCGCCACGCAGCAAACAAACAUCGUCGUGAUGAAACUUUUGAUGUAGGUGACAUGGUUUUGGUUCGGCUUAGGCCUGAGAGAUUCCCACCUGGUGCUUAUCAUAUACUACAUGAUAGAAGAAUCGGUCCAUUCCAGGUGGUACAGCGUAUUGGCUCCAACGCUUAUCGAGUAUUGUUGCCACCAAACAUUAGACUGCAUCCCGUAUUCAAUGUAGCUGAUUUAAUCAAGUACAAUGAAGACCCUGCCCCAAGUAGUGAAAGAACUGAAAUAUCAACUCCUAACGUGCCUCCCAUACCAGCAACGAAUGAGAAAGUGGAUCACAUUAUAGACCAUCAAUUUGUCUCUACGAGGCGGGGAGGGUAUCACAAAUUUCUUGUCCAUUGGGUGGGCAAACCAGAAUCUGACAAUUCAUGGAUAAAUGCGGAAGAAUUAGCCCAAUUGAAUCCCAGUCUGCUUGAAAACUACUGCCAGCAUCAUUCGACGGAGUCGAAUUUCUUAGUGAAGGAGGGAAUUGGUGCAAAAGAUGGCUUUAGUUUCAGUGGACCAACUAAGGGGCCCAUGCCCGUGCAACUAGACAUUCAACACAACCUUGAAGAAUUAAAGGCAGGAGACACGGAGCUGAUGUUUGCAUCAAAAUGGCUUGGUACUAAACUACUCGAAAAAAUCAAGAGUGAACCUCAUGUGAGUUGUGGACAGUUGGUGAAUUAUGUCAAGGACAAUCUAGCUUUGGAGAUCACUAGACAACAUGCCUUUAGAGCCAAAAGGAAAGCCCUAGAGAUCAUUGAAGACUUGCUAGCGGGACCGCCCCAGCAAACGCCCCAUCAAACAGAGCCAAGCUCCAUAUUGGAGUUUAUUGUGAAAGCGUUAAAGCGUUUUGCAGCUUUUUGGUUAUUGAUUCUUUCAUUUUUAACGAAGAAUGUGAAGAACUCAAGAAGCAGUCCUUCGAUGCCUAUAGAGCUGCACGAUUCUUUGAUGACUCUCGAGCUACAUGACCCCAACUGCCGGAACCGUCGACUGCAUUUGGGAUUGUUUAAGCUUCACUCAUUGAUAACAGUCUCUACACCUCAAUUUACUCUCUUCAUCCACCUAGUCACUUGA